GUUCAGUUUCACUUUCACUCAUUUUUUCUAUCCACGCUUUAUCUGGACCUUCUUUUCAAAGAACAUGAAUUUGUUAUUUGAAAAGACAAAGCAUCACCGUCAUAGUGAAUUCCAAGCCGUGAUCUUGGGUGGAUAUGGAAGUAGUAACAGACUUUAUCCUAUAUCUGAAGACGACAACUUACCCAAAGCACUAUUACCAGUUGGAAAUAAACCUAUGAUUACAUAUACUUUAGAUUGGUUGGAAAAAGCUGGAAUUACUGAUGCUAUUGUUGUUAUUCAAACUACUGGAAAUGCUCAGCAAAAACUAUCAGGAUACUUAUCAAGAAAUUAUACUGGAAGUGUUCAUUGUAACGUGGUAGGCGUGGAUGAAGAUUGUGAAACUGCGGAAGCUUUACGAGCUAUCAAGGAUAAAAUUGACCGUGACUUUGUGGUUUUGCCUUGUGAUUUGGUGACAGAAUUGAAUCCUAGGGAAUUACUUGAUCAACAUCGUCUCAAUGGUUCUACUAUGACAGCUUUAUUUUAUGAACCCAGCAAUUUGGAAUCGGCUAGUAAGGAUGAUGAACUUCUCCCUUAUGUUGGUAUCGAACCUACACAUGACGCUCUUGUUUACAAAGCAAAUAGAUCGGAUGAUGAAGACUUCUCGAUGCGUAUGUCCCUUUUGACAAGGUUUCCACGCGUUCGAAUUCAUACUGAUUUACAAGAUGCCCAUCUUUAUAUAUUUAAACAUUGGGUUCUUGAUAUGGUGACUGACAAGGAAUCUAUUGCAAGUAUCUCAGAUGAUCUGAUACCCAUGUUGGUGAAAUGUCAAUAUCAAAAGAAAAUGGUGGAACGAGAAAAUGUGGAACAAUACGCCUCUCGUUAUCAAAACCUUUUGAAAACAGCAUUAUCAUUAUCAACAACUACUUGUGAUGAUAUUGAUGAAGAUGUAUUCAUGCCUGAUCCUAUUCAUCCUUCUUUCAAAAGUCCUGUAACUACUCAAGUAUUUAUUUAUCGUGAUGGUUUUUGUGGUCGAGGUAACACCAUGGCAACUUAUACUGAACUUAAUCGUUAUGUGAUCAAACAAGGUACUCCCAUUCUUCGUAUUCCACCUACCGCAGAAGUAGCACCAAAGACUCAAGUGGGCAAUGAUUCUAUUAUUGGAGAACAUACCAAAAUUGAUGAAAGAUCAUCCGUCAAGAAAUCCUCGGUGGGAGCUCAUUGUGUUAUUGGAAAAAAUGUGAAAAUUGCCAAUUCAGUGAUUAUGGAUCAUGUAGUGAUUGGAGACAAUGCUAAAGUGGAUGGUUGUGUUAUUUGUAACAAUGCUAAAGUAUUAGACAAAGCUGUAUUGAAAGAUUGUGAAGUAGCUAGUGACUUUGUAGUAGAAAAAGAUAGUCAAAUCAAGGGUGAAAAGUUAGUUGCAUUUAGAGAAGCCAUAUCAUAGUUUAUGUAAUUUAGUGUAUAGAAAUAAAAAAGAAAUAUCUCGGAUGAUUACUUCAAAUUUAGUUAUAUAUAAAUUUUUAACGAUAGAAAGGCUGUGUUGGUUCAGAAAAUGAUAAAAU